AAGAAGAAAGAGACACGCAUACAAAAGGAUUUAUUUCCUAUUCGUUAGUGGAUUGUUAAACCUGAGUGGGAAGCAGAAGGAAACAAGGGUGGGUUGUUUUAUUUUGUUCAUAAUUUUUUUCUUAAAAAAAAAUAAUAAUCCCUUAAGUGGAUUUGUACCAGUUUGGAAGAUAACUGGGGAUUUUUAUUGUUUGUUUUGGGAAUAGAAACUAAAAAAUGGAGACUGUAAGUAGAAGCAGCUUCCAGCCUCAUCCAGGACUGCAGAAGACCUUGGAACAGUUUCAUCUGAGCUCUAUGAGCUCCUUGGGUGGCCCUGCUGCUUUCUCGGCACGAUGGGCGCAGGAGAUGUACAAGAAAGACAAUGGCAAAGACCCAGCAGAACCUGUACUGCAUCUGCCCCCCAUUCAGCCUCCUCCGGUAAUGCCUGGUCCCUUCUUCAUGCCCUCGGACAGAUCUACAGAGAGGUGCGAGACCAUCCUGGAAGGGGAAACCAUCUCCUGCUUCGUGGUGGGUGGAGAAAAGCGGCUUUGCUUGCCCCAGAUCCUGAACUCGGUGCUCAGGGACUUCUCCCUGCAGCAGAUUAAUUCGGUGUGUGAUGAGCUACAUAUUUACUGCUCCAGAUGCACUGCCGACCAGCUGGAAAUCCUCAAAGUCAUGGGCAUCCUGCCCUUCUCCGCUCCUUCCUGCGGGCUUAUCACUAAAACUGAUGCUGAGAGGCUUUGUAACGCCUUGCUUUAUGGUGGCACCUAUCCUCCCCACUGCAAGAAGGAAUUCUCUAGCACAAUUGAACUGGAGCUUACGGAGAAGAGCUUCAAGGUGUAUCAUGAGUGCUUUGGGAAGUGUAAGGGACUCUUGGUGCCAGAGCUUUACAGUAACCCCAGCGCAGCCUGCAUCCAGUGCUUGGACUGCAGGCUUAUGUACCCACCUCACAAAUUUGUGGUCCACUCUCACAAAUCUCUGGAAAACAGGACUUGCCACUGGGGCUUUGACUCUGCAAACUGGAGAUCCUAUAUCCUCCUCAGCCAGGAUUACACUGGGAAAGAGGAGAAAGCUAGACUGGGCCAGCUGUUAGAUGAAAUGAAAGAAAAAUUUGACUAUAACAACAAAUACAAGAGGAAAGCCCCCAGGGUCUCUUCAGAUCCUCCUGCUUCCAAAAAGCCCAAAAUAGAUGACUCUGCUUCCCAAUCUCCAGCUUCUACUGAGAAGGAAAAACAGUCCAGUUGGUUACGGUCCUUAUCCAGUUCAUCUAAUAAGAGUAUUGGCUGUGUCCAUCCCCGUCAGCGUCUCUCCGCUUUCCGGCCCUGGUCCCCUGCUGUAUCGGCCAAUGAGAAAGAGCUCUCAACCCAUCUCCCCACGCUGAUCCGAGACAGCUUUUACUCCUACAAAAGCUUUGAGAACGCUGUGGCCCCCAACGUGGCACUUGCACCUCCAGCUCAACAGAAAAUUGUCAGCAACCCCCCCUGUGCCACAGUGGUAUCGCGGAGCAGUGAGCCGCUGAGCACCGUCCAGCCACGGAAAAGAAAACUGGCUGCAGAGAACCCGGCUGUCCCGGAACCAGCGGCCACUGCGGCGGCAGUUACUGCCACUGAAGAGGAGAAGGAAUCAGAAGCAGAAAUUGAAGUAGAAACCAGGGAAGAAUUCACCUCCUCCUUAUCCUCGCUCUCCUCCCCAUCCUUUACUUCAUCCAGCUCUGCAAAGGACAUGAGCUCACCUGGGAUGCAAGCCCCAGUCCCCGUCAGCAGUUCAUACGAGGUUGCGACACAUUCUGACUCUCACAGCAGCGGGUUGGAAGCUGAGCUGGAGCACCUAAGGCAGGCCCUGGACAGUGGCCUAGAUACAAAAGAAGCCAAAGAAAAAUUCCUCCAUGAAGUUGUUAAGAUGAGAGUGAAGCAGGAAGAGAAGCUCAAUGCUGCCUUGCAAGCCAAACGCAGUCUCCAUCAGGAGCUGGAGUUCCUCAGAGUGGCCAAGAAAGAGAAACUGAGAGAAGCAACAGAGGCGAAGCGCAACUUAAGGAAAGAGAUUGAACGUCUGAGAGCCGAGAAUGAGAAGAAAAUGAAGGAAGCCAACGAGUCUCGGAUACGACUGAAGAGGGAACUGGAACAAGCCAGGCAGAUCCGGGUGUGCGACAAGGGCUGCGAAGCGGGCAGGCUCCGCGCCAAGUACUCAGCCCAGAUUGAGGACCUCCAGGUUAAGCUUCAGCAUGCAGAGGCUGACAGGGAGCAGCUCCGAGCUGACCUGAUGCAUGAACGGGAGGCUCGAGAACACUUGGAAAAGGUAGUCAAGGAACUUCAGGAACAACUGUGGCCUAAAGCGAGCAGUCAGGGCAGCAGUGAGAGCACGACGAGCACCAUGGAGAACUGA